UCAAAAGCCAAUGAACUCUAGCUUUGAUGAACAAGUAAUCAUCUUGGCCGGUACCUAGUGAGCAUAUGAGCAUAUUAUUCCUACUGCAAUGGUAAUAUAAUUCGAAAUUCAACCGCAACAUUCAAAGGAAAUUAGGAGCUACUCACGAUCUUAUCUGUCCGUCGUUCGUAUCACUUGCACAAUACGUUUCAGUUCUUUGAUGUCUGCCACGACCAGGACGCUAUCACCUUAGGGAAUCUAGGCACCUCUGAACAAGAAACUGCUGGGUAAAUGGGCCUGCAAUUUUCUACUGGUUCGGCUCGUUGGCUGUAGGAACGAACACCAGGCAGGAUUCCGUGAGGAGCUCAAUGCUCAUGCCAUCCUUGAGUCCGCUCUGGCAGUCUCUAAUUGUGCAACUUUCAACUAAUAAAGUAAAUAGCUACAUUUUUCAGUCAUGAAAUAGCUUUCAGGAGGCGUGUCCAGUGAUUGAAAUAAUCUCCCAAGAAGCAUCAGUUGUCAGUUGCCACGAGAAAGUUUUUUCGACCUAGAAUUGGCCGAACCGAUGUAUCCCGCGCGCCCUCUGUUGCUAUCCAUGAUAUUAUUAGUGUGACACGAAAGAUAAACGAUUCUGGAGCUGGACUAGCUGUUUGAAUAUAAUGUCAUGGAUGUUGUUGGAUGGGAUGGUGCAUGGAGAAGGUUUGUAGGACUCAACGAACGAACAUCAAAUAUUUAUUUAAAUAUUUAAACCAAAAACCCUUUCCUUCACAUCCAACACCAACGCCUCUCAUAUAUCCCCACAUCCCACACUCCAGACACAGCAACGGCAUCAAUAACUGUGGCUUAACUAUACAAACCAGCUCCAGAUAUAAUAUAAACAAAUCAACUAUGGCAUCAACACCACCUCUCUCUCCAUCACCUGAUCCGUCCAAGCCCGCCUCUCCACGGGUCGCAAACCGCGGCCUUGGGUUGGCAAGCAGACAAGGCAGCCGGUCCUCACGAAAUAACAAUGAUAAUGGCAGCAAAGGAGCAGCAACCACGCCAAUUCCAGAUGAAGACUACAGUGCCGAUCUUCCAUUGACGAUGUCAGCGUCCAUCGUGCUUACUGGCCUUCCGAAGGACUCCCAUCAAGCGCUGGCUGAUGUCGAUGCCAUUGAUUCAGGCAAAGUAACUGUCCGUUUCCAGCCUCUCCCAUCCGCACCGAUUCUGAGAAAUCGUGUAUUCAAAAUCAGUGCUUCCCAGAAGUUUGAGACUGUGGUCAAAUUCUUGCGCAAGAAACUUGAUUGUAAAGAUACCGACUCCGUGUUUUGCUACGUAAAUAGUGUCUUCGCUCCCGGGCUCGAUGAAGGAGUAGGGGGCCUUUGGAGGUGCUUCAAGACGGACGACCAACUUAUUGUGGCGUAUUCGAUGACGCCAGCUUUUGGAUAAUGAGAUAUCGCCUUGGCUUUAAAUCGCUGCUGCCCAGCGAUUGAUGCCGAGUUGCAGCCCCAAAACUACCCGCUAUACCUCAAUAGCGAGAGGGAUUCAAGGAAUCACUUAAAAUCACUAACUAAUUUAUUCCCUGAUAACUCUUGACACCGAGACGGGGCGAAAGACGGGACGAAAGACGGGACGUGAUGUCCGCCAUAACAAAAAUCGAGUGCAAACACACCCGUAAAAUCAGCGCUCGACAAAACCAGUCGGGGUAAUCGGUGCAACACAAAAUCAACAUAUAUAUGUAUAUAUCCAUUGAGAAAUGCAAAGGUAUCUUAAUUUCUAUUCGCUAGUUUUUCAAACUCCUCAACAUCCUCCUUCGAUAUAGGGUAUGUGUAUUCUAGGGAAGGAUAUUCACCACUUUUGACCUCGUCUCUAUAUUUCUCAAUCGCCCUCAAGCUUUCCCCCCAUACAUCGCCGUACUUCUUCACAAACUUCGGGAGAUACCGACCAGGCGGGAAGUUGCCGGUCAUGUCGACUUGGACCAACACUUGGCCCGAACAUCCAGCACCAGCGCCGAUUCCGAUGGUUGGAAUUUUCAGUCUGUCGGUGAUGAUACGUGCAAUCUCUGACGGGACAGCUUCAAGAACAACCAUAAAUGCGCCAGCCUCUUGAACUGCAAGAGCGUCGUUUAAGACCCUCAGGGCACCGGCAGUUGAUUUACCCUGGACACGAAAACCUCCUAGCGCAUGUUGGCGUUGAGGGGUUAGACCAACAUGGGCCACAACUGGUAUCCCGGCCGUGGUGAUUGCCUUGAUAGUUGGCACCAUCUCCUCACCCCCUUCUAGUUUGACACUUUGGACUCGUCCUUCUUUAAUGAGGCGAAUGGCGGACGCAACACCCUGCUCUGGAGAUAUCUCAUACGAACCCAUGGGCAAGUCGCCAACCUAAUUCAAGGGACCAAUUAGCCAUUGCCAUGGGAGUAACGCAUGUAAACGAGGCAUAAAACGUAUAGCAACCUACAGUGAAGGCAGAUCCAACCGCACGGGAUACACUCCGGCAAUGGAGUAUCAUUUCGUCCAGGCACACCUCACUAGUGUCGUCCAUGCCAAGGGCAACCAUUGCUAAACUGUCGCCCACGAGGACCAUAUCCAUACCAGCUGCUUCUGCGACAUGCCCACUUGGGAAGUCAUGUGCCGUUAACAUAGUGAUAGGUUCCUUCUUCUUGUGCAACGCUUGCAAUGAUUUGAUAGUGAUUUUCUUGCGAGUGAUGGGUUUGCCCAUUGGGGAAUGGGAGCUAUGACGGACUUGGCAGGGCCAUAGAGUCGACUUCGUAAUAGCGGGCAGGAAUACAACGGGUGAGCAGCGAAAUCGAGACAGAGCAACAGGAGGGGCUGUCAACCUGACGAGCCCAAUGGAAGACUGGAGGGCCAUGGUGGCGGGGGAAGAGGGGAGAGCUGGCCGAUUCAGUCGGGAUUUUGGGACAACAGGCACGGAACAAGAUUUGGUAGAUACCGCAGCAAAUGCUUAGGGAAUUUAAAAAUCAUGUUUCUCGAAUAGCUGACAACCGCAACUGUUGGUAUAUAUACAGUUUGAUACGUGCUGGUUUAUGCAGCGUAGACAGGAGAAUCUCUGGAGAAAUUCAUUCGAACUAGUUCUACUAAUUGCCUUUUUCUUGUUUAUCCGUUCCGUCGGGCGAACCGAGGUAACCCGGUCAUGCAUGGAUGAUUCAGCAAGCGGUCGUUGGGUCCGCUUACGUUAUCUAUUGCCCAGCCUUGGCACUUUCCUUGGCACUCCGCCAUUUUUUUAAGACUUCAGGACUUCAACUCAACAAUGCAGACCAUGCACGAUGUAUUCAUUGGUUCCCAGUGAUAUCUACAGGAUAGAGCACUGUAGUUACAGGACUUUGUGUCUUUCAAAUUACCCUACGCCGACCGGAAUGCAUGUCAUUUGAGCAUGGGCCACCACUGCACUUCGUACCACAUCGGUACCCAGUUUCGGCCAAUAAUUCGACCAAACAGCCUAACUACAUGACAUGCCCUCUGCUCAGAAGCUAAGCUUCCCACCUAGAAUUCAGCGUGCGACCGACAUAUUAGUACGCACAUUCUAUGUCGUCCUGGAUGAAAGUUGCGUUGCUAGGCCUGCUGCUCUGCCGAUAAUGAUCAUGGCAUUCUGCAUUCGACCCUCUCCGCCGCAUCUAUGCCCUUGAUCACGCGAAAUUACUGUGAUGUAUGUAUGUACAUGUACAUGACGAUAACGCGAUCAGUCUGCAAAAGUAACAUCCAAAUUGAUUGCAAAAUUUUGAAAUGGAGCUCCCUCCCUCCUGGGUAAGGGAGGGACCGGGCGCCAUUCACCCCGUGCUACUUUCGGUCGGUCAAAUUAUCCUGGUUGAGAGAUCGGCCCGCACAGGCCGCUGUAGUAUCACCAGCGAAACUUUCUUUGGCUUCGGUACUGUAGCAGGGCCAAAACUAUUGGACAGCUUCAGGGCUGGAAUUAUCGACAACAUCUUACGGCAUAAGUAUGCAAAAAGGAAAGAUCUUGCACCCAGCGGUUUGAGCUCCUCGUUGUUUUCUCUCUGCAGCCACGGCAAUAAUAUAUUCGAUUGAUAUUGCUUCAGGAUAAUAAAUCGAGGCGGAAACCUAUGCCCAUGUCCGCGGAAAAUAUUCGCAAUGACGUUGUCUUGGAAUAGUCAUAUCUUCAUUACCCGUUAAGCUACCGUCUGUUCUUGGGCUAGACUACAUGACAAUAUAUUUUCCAAUUCAAUUGUUCCGCUACAUAACGAGGGGCCGGAGAUUUACAAAGCCUUGACUCUUCACCCAGCUACAGCUUAUUUCUUUAUUUCGUGAGGAAACAAUGAUAUGUUGUACUGUACCUUGGUAACUAGCCCAAGAUUAUUAUCUCGGGAAAAUUAGAACCGCAGCUAGCAGAUCUCAUUUGGAGAAGCUCAGUUGUUCUUUUUGUUAUAGGAUCCCCUGACUACACGCGGACCUCAGAUGUGCUGCUCAGUGGAUAGGUGUUUUCUCAAUGGAAUUCUAACUGUCUAUUUUCAGAGCCAUUGAAAGGGGUCAACCACCUAAUCCUGGGGCUUGAUAUUGUGGUUGGGGCUGUACUCUUUGUUGUACAUGAGGAUAAAUAAAUCCUAAUAGUUGGCCCAGUUCUGCCGUGGGCACCUGCGGGUGAAAGUAUCCUUCGACGCUCUACAAAUUCAUGGAGCGUAUGUUAAUUUGUCGAGGAUGGCCAAUGGUCAUUCACAUCAAACCAAUUUCAUGGAUUUUAUUUUCCUUCCCUUCUUUGUAUCUCUCCCGUCCCCACCUUGCUUACAUUCGUCUAGAACAUGAUCCACAUCUCAUCCUAUGUUUCGAUGGUGACAGCGUUCAGAUGUGAGCAUAGGUUUCUCUACCAUUUUUACCCCCUAUAUUUUGGAAAACUUGCCGAGUAGGGAAAUAUUGUUAUGACU